AUGGCCCAGGCGGGGGGACCUGUCCGCUUCCACCCUGAGGAAGGCUGCGCUGCCUCGCCCCCGCUGUUUGCCCGUGGGGGGGACAGGAGCGGCAGCCUGGAGCUCGGUGCGGAGGUGGGGUCCCCCCAGCCCCGGCCCCAGCAGCAGCUCCUGCGCACGCUGAAGCUGGAGGCCUCGGCGUCCGACCCGCUCCUGGCUGGGGGCAGCACCCCGCAGGGGCCAUGGCCCUGCACGAAGGAGCCCUGCGCCCUCAACGCCAACUGCUUCUGCCACUCCCUCACCAAUGGGCUGCCAGAGGAUUUCCCCACCUUCACCAGGAGCCCUGCGAAGCCGGAGCCCCAACCCCAGGGCAGCGCCUGGCUGUACCCCCGCCAUACCUCAGCCCAUGCCCAGCGCAUUGCCAGGGCCAAGUGGGAAUUCUUCUAUGGCUCCUCAGAUGCCCCAAAGACAGGCUCCUCUGUCCCCAACUCCACUCCCCUGACCAAGCCUCCCCAGAAGCCCGUCUGCCUGCUGCCUGCUGAGCCACCAAGCUCUAUGCCCAAGCACAGCCUGAGCCAUGUGGAGGUGGAGAUAGAGAUGUCUCCUCCGGGCAGCCAGAAGUCCUGUGAGACUGGUAUUAUAAGGAGGACGGUGAAGUACUCUGAGACAGACCUGGACACCGUGCCCCUGAGGUGCUAUCGUGAAACCAACAUUGACGAUAUCCUGGCUGAGAAGGAGGAAGUGGAUUCAGCAAUUGAGAGCCAGAAAGACAGCGAGAGCAACCCAAGCUUUGGGGGUACCCCUGGCAGGAGGAACAGCACGCCAGAGGAGCCCCCUGCCCUGGGCUCCGGUUUCCCAAAGGAUGGGCUGCAGGAUGGAGAUGCCGAUGAAGACAAUGAGGUGUUUGAGGCAACAAUGAAGGAGAAGAGGGAAAGCUGGGUUCCCCACACAGGUAUGCUCAAGUCUCCAGUGCCCUUCCUUCUAGGGCACAGCCUCUCCAAGGAUGGCAUGGACUCUUUCAGCAAGCAUUUUGAGAGCAUCAUGGAGUCCCAUCGAGCCAAAGGCACAUCUUACACCAGCCUGGACUCCAUUGACAUCCUCUCCUCCCCGGCUCGCACCCAUGGAACCUUUUUCACUUUUGACCUCCCAACCCUCACCCCAGAAGUACAAGGACAAAUCCGAGACAGCGCCAAGCUGAUUGAGGAGAACUUUGCUCCUCUGGCUCACUUGGAGCCAGACUCUGGGACCAGUUCAGCCACAGAUGCCCCCUGGACAGAGAGGGAGCAGAAGCGGGGGAAACGAAAGAAGGGUGCUCAGCACAGCCCUUGCUGCUCAGAGGGCAGCUGUGGCACUCCCUUGGCUUCCAACAUGAGUGACCACCCCCUGAGCCAGCUGGUUUCAGACUCAGACUCGGAGAUGGACAGUGUGGAGCAGCUGGCCCUGGGCAGCACAGACACCCUCUCCAAUGGGCACAAGGCUGACCUGGAGGCUGCGAAACGCCUGGCCAAGAGGCUCUACAACCUGGAUGGCUUUAAAAAAGCAGAUGUGGCCCGUCACUUAGGGAAGAACAAUGAGUUCAGCAAGAUGGUGGCAGGAGAGUAUCUGAAGUUCUUUGUGUUCACGGGGAUGAGCCUGGACCAAGCUCUCAGGUCCUUUCUAAAGGAGCUGGCCUUGAUGGGAGAGACACAGGAGCGAGAGCGAGUGCUGGCUCAUUUUUCCCAGCGCUAUUAUGAGUGUAAUCCCAAUGCCAUCUCUUCAGAGGAUGGAGCCCACACCCUCACCUGUGCUCUGAUGCUGCUAAACACAGAUCUGCAUGGACAUAACAUUGGAAAGAGAAUGUCCUGCUCUGACUUCAUUGGCAACCUGGAGGGGCUCAAUGGAGGCACUGACUUUCCCAAGGAGCUGCUCAAGGCACUGUAUGGCUCCAUCAAGAAUGAGAAGCUGCAGUGGGCUAUAGAUGAGGAGGAGCUGAGAAAGUCCCUCUCAGAGCUGGCAGACCCCAACCCGAAGUCCAUCAAGCGCAUCAGCAGCUGCAGUAACCCCUUUCUGGACUUCUCCCAAGACGCCAGCAUCGCCACUUACAAGCACGGACUGUUAGUGCGCAAGAUCCACGCUGAUCCUGACUGCAAGAAAACACCUCGAGGGAAGCGCGGCUGGAAACCCUUCCAUGCCAUCCUGAAGGGGAUGAUUCUCUACCUGCAGAAGGAGGAGUAUAAGCCAGGGAAGGCACUGGCAGAAGAGGAGCUGAAGAAUGCUAUUAGCAUCCACCAUUCACUUGCCACGCGGGCGUUUGACUACAGCAAGCGACCUAAUGUCUUCUACCUCAGGACAGCUGACUGGAGGGUCUUCCUCUUCCAAGCACAGAACCCUGAACAGAUGCACUCGUGGAUCACGCGCAUCAAUGUGGUGGCAGCCAUGUUCUCCGCGCCCCCCUUCCCUGCAGCCAUCGGCUCCCAGAAGAAGUUCAGCCGCCCGCUGCUGCCCAGCUCCUGCACCAGGCUGUCCCAGGAGGAGCAGGUGAAGAGCCAUGAGACCAAGUUCAAGACGAUGUCAGCAGAGCUGCUGGAGCAUCGUUCCUCACUGCCUGAGAAGAAGGUGAAGGGCAAGGAGUAUGAGGAGCUGAAACAGAAAGAAGAGUACCUGGAGUUUGAGAAAUCCCGCUAUGGCACCUACGCCAUGCUGCUGCGGGCCAAGCUGAAGGCAGGCUCUGAGGAUCUGGCAGCAUUCGAGUCCACCCUCUUUGACUCAUCGGGCAGGGAUGAUGAUGGCCUGAAAAAAUCCCACUCCAGCCCCUCGCUGAACGCAGAGCCCUCCAGCACGGCCGCCAAGGUGAAGCGCAACAUCUCGGAGCGCGCUGGCCGCCAGUCCCCUGGCCACCCCCAGAAGUCGUAAGCAAGGGGCAUCAGCCACCUGCACUGCAGCUCCUUUCCUGCCCCCCCAGUGCCCGGGUGGAGGGCACAUGCUUGCCGAGACCCUGCAUGAGUCCGUCCGUCUGCGGCACGAGCUGGGGGUGACAGCCCUUCCCCAGCUGCCAGCACCAGCCAGGCAGGGCCAUGGCCCCUCCAUCGGAGACAGGGGGAGGGCAGCACGGACCCUGGGCCGUGCUCACAGGAGCUGCCUGCACCGUUGGCCCUAGGAGACUCGUUCCAGCCCCUCUUUGUCCUGUGCUUGGCUGCAGGACGCU